AGAGAGAGUGUGUGAUGUGAGGAAAAUGGUGGAGAAAUUUAGUUUUUAGAGAGAGAGAGAGGAGAGAGAGAGGGGCAAAUGAAGGAGGAAGAGGCUGGGAAAAAGGAGGCUGAGCUGAAAUGGAGAGCCUGGCCGUGCUCAGGCAACUCAUUGGCCAGAUUCAGGAGUUUUGGGACGUUUUUGGCUCGAGGCCUCACCAUGAAAGAUGGUGUUUUCUCGACAUAGAGAACAGUUCCACAGAUGACACCCACAGCAGCACAAGGAGGGUUCGCACCUCAAGCUCCCUAAAGAUGGUGGGUGACUCGAAGCCCCCUCCUUCCAAACGCUCUCGUAGAGAGAGAAACCAUGAGAGAAACAAAGACAAGGUCCAAUCUGAACCUAUGGAAGAGCAAAUUUGGAAGGACUUCCCAGAAGACCUCUUCGAGGCAGUGAUUGCUCGUCUCCCCAUUGCGACCUUCUUUCGAUUUCGUUCAGUCUGUCGAAAGUGGAACUCGCUUCUUGGCGCCCAAAGCUUCUCUCUGCAAUGCGCACAGGUACCCCAACGUCUCCCUUGGUUCUACACCAUAACCCAUGAAAACACAAAUGCUGGUGCUAUAUAUGAUCCCUCUCUCAAGAAAUGGCAUCACACCACCACCCCACCAUUGCCAUCUAGGGCUAUAACCCUACCCGUGACCUCAGCAGGUGGCCUAGUUUGCUUCCUUGACAUAGGCCACCGAAACUUUUACGUAUGCAACCCGCUAACCCGCUCAUUCAAAGAACUCCCCUCGAGAUCUGUUAGGGUUUGGUCUCGGGUAGCUGUUGGAAUGAUACUCAAUGAAGGGGACACUAGCUAUAAGAUCCUAUGGUUAGGGUGCAACGGAGAUUUCGAAGUAUUUGAUUCUAUCUCUAACACUUGGGCUCGAUCAGGUAGCAUGCCCACUGAUAUCAAGAUACCGUUGGCCCUAAACUUCAGGUCCCAAGCCGUUUCAAUAGGUGGGUCCUUGUAUUUUAUGAGAACAAACCCUGAUGGGCUCGUAAUUUAUGAUUCGAACAUUGGGGCUUGGCAACAAUUGGUGAUACCACCACCACCACAAGCUACCGACCUUGUGUUGGCUCAAUGUGGGUCUCGAAUCAUGCUUGUAGGCUUGCUUUCAAGAAAUGCGGCCACAUGCGUGUGUGUUUGGGAGUUGCAAAGGAUGACCCUUUUGUGGAAGGAGGUUGACAGAAUGCCAAAUAUAAUGUGCUUAGAGUUUUAUGGAAAGCAAGUGAGGAUGAGUUGCUUGGGGAAUAGGGGUUUGGUGCUCUUGAGCUUAAGGUCGAGGCAGCUGAACCGGUUGGUUGUGUAUGAUGUCGAGCGGAGAGAGUGGAGCAAGGUGCCUGCAUGUGUGUUGCCGAGAGGGGGGCGGAAGCGGCAAUGGAUCGCAUGUGGGACAUCAUUCAGGCCCUGCCUCACAGCCUCGGCAUGAGAGAGAGAGCUUCUCGUCUCUUUGGCUCUGGGAUUGUGGAGGUACGUUAUGUGCUUAUGUGAUUCGCGUGUCUAUUGCAUUGGAGGGAGGGUGGGUCUCAAAGCGAAUUUUGUUUUGAGUUAAUUUCGACUGAGAAAGACAAUUGGAAAGGUUGACUGACUGACUGACUCUUGGCUAAAAUUUGUUUGAACUUAAGCUUUAUGUUGGUGGACCUGAUUGCUCUCUAGGUCUUUCGUGCA